CAAUCUCUCCAUUCGUUUAUUUCGAAAGAGGAACCCAAAAAAUGUCUCUUCAGAAUAAUGUACCGUCGGCUAGACAAUUGACCUUUGUGGUCGAACAUUUGGACCCAGAGCUGGGUCCCUGGUCAGCCUUGGAAUACGGCUGUAUUGCGCGGGAGUCGCAUGCGGCGGGAGCAAGAUUUCUCCUCAGUUCCGUGCCGACCUCCUUGCAACUGCCAAACGACCUGGCCGCGACACAAGGUUUAGAGGUUGAGCAUCGUAGUGUCGAGGAGAUCUUCGCAGACCACAAGUCCAAGGUCUGCCUGCUAGACCCUGCAGCCCAGGUCGAAUUGAGCCCCGAAGAUGGAGACAUCUUUGACGUCUUUCUCUUCGGUGGCAUCCUCGGCGAUGAUCCGCCACGAGAUCGUACAUCCGAACUGAGAAAGAAAGGCUAUGUCGGAAGACGACUUGGUCCUAAGCAGAUGACUACUGACACGGCCGUGCGAGUGAGCCGCAUAGUGGUUAAAGAGAAAGUGCCAUUGGAGAAGAUCGAAUUUGUCGAUUAUCCCGAGAUCAUUGUCAACAAACAUGAGCGGACCGAAAUGCCCUUCCGCUAUGUGAAAGGAGACGAUGGUCAACCCAUUAUGCCGGCUGGUAUGGUUGACCUUAUCAAAAAGGACGCUGACAAGGCUGUGGAUGACCUGUUUUGAUCUUUGAAUGGUGGCAAUGAAGGUACCAGGACGUACAGUAGAUAGUUGCUGGUUGAAAGGGUACAUAACAGGGUCAUCAACUGCAUAAUACCCCUGCCCAGUCACUCUUUCUAAGAUGCAGCUCUCUACAAUUUGGCCUUUCUUAAGAAUGGCUCUGGAUGGCUACUUUGAUCUGCGGAGGCAUAGAUGGGUCAAUUGGCUUCUGUUUCAGCCUAGUUUUUCGUUGCUACCUAGAUCUAGGUGCAGCAUGGGCACAUUGUUCAUGUACCGUGAGAGAGAUAUUUGACUCCACUGCCAAAUAUGUAUAUGUAUGAGCCAUUCAGUCUCGUAUCUCUCUCUGGC